AUGGUCAAAUUAUCGGAAUAUGAACUCGAGCGUGAGGCUAACAUCGCCCGAAACAAGUUGCUGCUCCAGCAGCUGGAGCUGAAGGCCGCCGUCGACGACCUCGGCGUGUCCAAAGCCAAGGCGAAAUCAACCGCGAAGCCCAUCCAACCAGGGAAGAGGGAGAAGAGAAAGAGGGAGCCAGAAGCAGACUUGCCGCGUCGACAGUCUGCACGUCUCCGGAAGGCGGUUAUUGAUCCUAAUGAGUCUCCACAGAAGCGCCGGAAACGCGAGAGGGAAGAAGAACUUCAGCGCCGUAAAGAGGAAGAGGAGAGGCUGAAGCGAGAGGAGGAAGCUCGCAAAGCGUCGCGACCCCGGCAUAAUAAGCUCGAUCUUAUUGCUCUCGUUGAAAACGGUCCGGAAGAUAUCGAAAGCUUGUCCAAGUCUAUGAAGGACAUUCCGAAGGAUAUCAAGAAACGCGUCCCCGAUUUUGAUGACUUUGUUUACGAGGAUAACAAGGAAGAGGAACGUCUGGUAGCGGAGUUGAGGAAGAAGAUGAGUGGACUCAAGGUCCAUGCUCGCGCCAAAGUGACUAGGAGUCGUGUUUACUGUGCCGCGUAUCACCCUGAGGUGACCAAGGACUUGAUCUUCUUUGGAGACAAGGAAGGUGCUCUCGGUAUCUGGGACGCUCGUGCGCCCCCAGAAGAAGACGAAGACGCGAAACAGAACGAGGGGGAAGACCGUGAAGGUGGAAGAUAUUGGCGAAUACAGCUACAUUGGCCUGCAAAUGCAAAAUCCUCGAUCUCGAGCAUAAAGGUGGACCCCAUUGACCCUCACAACGUUUACACGAGCUCCUAUGACACCACCGUCCGAGCGCUCUCAUUUACCACCGGCGUAUCGCGUGAAAUAUUUCACUCGGAUAACCUGGUUAACUCCAUAGACCUCGUUCCCUCUGGCCACGAAAUGUGGCUGUCGGAUACCUCAGGCUGGGUGACACACAUUGACCUUCGAGAGUCCAACCAGAAACAUAAGAGCUUUCAGCUGUCGGAACAGAAAAUCGGUUCAGUAAGCGUCAAUCCUACCUUCCCCAAUUUCUUGGCCACUGCUAGCAACAGUCGGACAGUCAAAGUUUGGGAUGUGCGAAAGCUCAAUACUGCUCUAGAGGACUUUACCGACUCUGAACCGCAAGACUCCACUAUAAUUGACGUGAACUUGGAGGUUAUUACCGAGUUCGCACAGUCGGACAAGGGCAAAGGUUGCCUGCGAGCGGAAUGGCAACACGAUAAAUCUGCUACUGCUGCGUUUUGGGAUCCUCGGGGUCGUCAGCUCGUCAGCACCAGCUAUGACGAUACACUUCGACUGUGGAAUUUCAAUAAUUCCAAGCUAUUCAAAGAGGAUGCACCAUUCCCCUCUUCAAGACCGUUUAGCCGUAUUAAGCACAAUUGCCAGACUGGGAAAUGGGUGACAUUGUUGAAAGCUCGAUGGACCCAGAACCCGGAUGUAUAUCCUUACUUCACGAUUGGUAACAUGAACCAUUCGGUCGACAUUUACUCGGGCAAGGGCGACCAUAUUGCGAGCCUUUCGGACCCCAGGAGAAUUACUGCCGUGCAGGCAGUCACCUGCUCGCACCCCAGUGUAGUAGAGCGCGUUGCCACAGCCAACGCGAGCGGUCGCUGUGUCCUGUGGGCCCCCAAGGACCUGUAA